AUUAUUUAUAUACUUGCGUAAGGAUAUAUGUUACAACAAUACAGAGGAAAUAGUCAACCACCAAGAUCAAAUCAGAUCUAAAAUUAUUCUAACUAAAACAAUUAGUAAAUGACUCCUUUUAAUAUGUUUUAAGAAUUUGAUUCUAUGUCUAACAAAAUGAUGCAACAUAUGGAUCAUUAAUUGGCUAAUUUAGGAUUUGGAUCAGUUUUUAGAGGUUUUGAUGAUCUAGAAAAUGAAAUGAUGGAAUUCUCGAAUCUUCAUCGACAUAUGACAGGUUUAAAUUAAAGAGAUGUUAACUAACAUUCCAAGGACGGAGUAUUCUAGGUAUAUUCAUCUAGUUAUGUUUAAUCAUCUAAAAUGGGUCCAGAUGGUCGAGUUAUUUAAGAAAAAUAUUUUGAUAAUAAUGCUGUCGCUAGAGGAGUCAAUGGACAUACUAUAAGUGAAAGAUAACAAGGAUAUAAGAAUAGUGAUGGAGUAGAUAGAUUUGGACAUGAAAGAAUGAUGAAUGAUAAAGGAAGAAAACAUGUAAGAGAAAGAGAUAGAACAGGUUAAAUCAGUACUACAAACCAUUACUUGAAUAUGGAUGAAAAUUAGGUUGAAUAAUUUGAAAAUGAAUGGCUGGGAAUGGGAAGAAAUUUAGGAAUCAAUGGACCAUCAGGAGGACUAAGAGCAUUGUAAGGAUAACAAAAUAUGAGAGAUCUUAAUAAUCAUCCUUUCCCAAGAGAACAGUUAACAUAUGAAACACCUAGUUACCCUAGAAAAAAUGAUAUCUCACCUAUUAUGUUGGGAAAUAAUAGUAAUAGUUAUAAUAACAAUAAUAAUCCUACUAGAUUGGCUUUACCACAACAAUAAUAGCCAAUAACACGAUCUGCAAUUUAGCAACCUGGAAUACAAAGCAGAGUUCCUCCCUAGCAACAACCUGUUAGGGCUUUACCUCAAACAAAACAAGAGUUCACUGGAGUAUAUCAAAAUAAAGGUGCAAGAUAUCAACAUCCUUAAGCCGGAUGAAAAAUAACAAUUUUAUUCAUACCAAUAAUUCAAAUUUUAUUUUAUUAUUUACUUAAUAAAA